GUGACGAAGCGAAACUCUAAUACGACGACUGUAUGUAUUAUGUACGGACCUAAAUCGUAUUCCCAGCCCCACCUUUCGCUUACCGGCAUGUAGGAACACCACGUUCAUCCACGUGAUGAGGUCGUUGUGCUAAAUUCGUCGAAAGUCAUCAUAGUACCUUCUGAAUCUUUGCCACCGACGAUUGGUUAUCAGCGAUAUUUACCGUGUCAAAACAAUACCAUCGAGGUGCUGUUGGAGGUGACUGUGCUAGAUGAGAGACAUUUGGUAAUCAUCCAACUUCAUGUGCCAUGGACAAGUCGGAGAAACAACAAGCGCAACGGAACCCGCGUGAAAAAGCAAAUCCGUUCUCGAUCAUCACAUUCGCAUGGGUUCUGAGGACGUUUGCUUUGGGAUACCGACGAGAGCUCGAAGUAACAGACCUCUAUGCACCCCUUAAUGAACACAAGAGCAACGUCCUCGGGGACCAAAUAUCGAGGAUCUGGGAGAAGGAACAAGAAAGAUGUUGUCGAACAAAGAAAGGAACUCAGCCCAGUCUGCUGCGAGUACUUGUAAGGUGCUUUGGCCCCCGGAUUAUGAUGUUGGGGAUCAUAAUAGCAGCCUUGGAGUUUCUCGUAAGGAUAACGCAGCCGUUGAUGUUAGCCGGGUUACUUCGGUAUUACCGCAGUGACAAUGUCAAUGGGUCCAAAAUGUCAAAGGACGAAGCAUACUUGUGGGCCGGUGGAAUAAUUUUAUGCUCCACCCUCAACUUCCUUGUAAUUCAUCCCUGCAUGCUGGGAAUAAUGCACACGGGAAUGAAAAUAAGGGUCGCCUGCUGCUCGCUCAUCUACAGGAAGGUCUUAAAGCUCUCGAAAUCCGCUUUGGCUGAGACGACCGUUGGGCAGAUUGUUAAUCUGCUUAGCAAUGAUGUGAACAGAUUUGAUUUGGCAGUUUAUUUUAUCCACUACAUUUGGCUGGGGCCCUUAGAGUCUGUGGUAAUAACUUACCUGAUUUACCGGGAAGUUGGAUGGUCAGCAGUCAUUGGAAUGCUGACACUGCUAUUCUUCAUUCCGUUGCAAGGAUAUCUUGGAAAAAAGUCCUCUACAUUCAGACUGAGAAUCGCUCUUCGAACAGAUGAAAGAAUUCGCCUGAUGAAUGAAAUCAUCAAUGGUAUUCAAGUAAUAAAAAUGUACACGUGGGAAAAGCCAUUUUCUUAUCUUGUCGAAAUCGCAAGACGGAAAGAGGUUAACGCAAUAAAGAAAAAUUCAAUCGUCUUAGGAAUAUCAUCGUCGUUCGACAUGUACACACCGAGACUCUGCGUCUUUGUCACGAUACUGGCUUACGUUCUUAGUGGUAAUAAAAUUACCACGGAACAAGUGUUCAUGAUGACAGCCUUUUACAACGUCCUUCGCACAGCAAUGACAAUUGCGUUUCCAAUCAGUAUGACCCAAAUUGCUGAAGCGUUGGUGUCCGUCAGGCGUUUGCAAAAAUUCAUGCUGCACGAGGAGAGAGAAAAACCAGCGAUCAAAGCUAAUGGACAAGCCAAUUGUGAGAAAACUAGUAACAGCCAAUAUGCUGUUAUGUUGAAAAAUGCUACGGCAAAAUGGGUGCCAGACAACAAAGAGAACACACUUUCAGAAUUGAACAUUGAGAUAAAACCUGGUCAAUUUGUGGCAGUUAUCGGUCACGUAGGAUCUGGAAAAACAAGUCUUCACCACCUAAUAUUACGUGAACUUCCUCUCGUUAGUGGCAGUGUUGAAGUGAACGGUAAAGUCGCUUACGCAAGUCAAGAGCCUUGGCUUUUCGCCUCUUCAAUUAGACAAAACAUCCUUUUUGGUCGACCCAUGGAUAAGACGCGCUACGAGAGUGUCGUCAGUGUUUGUCAACUAAAGAGGGAUUUCACCCUAUUUCCCUAUGGCGAUAAAACGAUUGUUGGCGAACGGGGAAUCAGUUUGAGCGGAGGACAGCGCGCGAGAAUAAAUUUGGCGAGGGCCGUUUACUCAGAGGCAGAUAUUUACCUCUUCGACGAUCCUCUGUCGGCGGUAGACGCUCACGUGGGAAGACACUUGUUCGACGAAUGCAUCAAUGGUUACCUCCGGGGUAAAACCAGGAUAGUCGCGACACACCAGCACCAGUAUCUUAAGCAUGUCGAUCGGAUAAUCGUGAUGAACAAUGGUGAAGUGGAAGCUGAGGGUACAUUCGAAGAGCUUGAAACUGCUGGACUAGAUUUCGUGAAGCUACUGCAGGAGCAAGUCAACGUGCCAGAGGAUAACGAAAGCACGCGGAAAAGCUUGAGUCGAAAAUCUUCAAUUCAGAGCAUGAGAUCCGAAGAGAUAAACGACGUGGAUCCCGUCGAGGAAGCGGAACUGAGAUCGACUGGUCGAAUAUCGGCCAAAAUCUACCUGUCCUACUUUAAAGCAGCUGGCAGCGUUUGUUUCGUCGUAACUAUGUUCUUGGUGUGCAUCCUGAACCAAGGUUUCGCUAGUGGCGGUGACUACUUUAUCACAUACUGGGUAAACACGGAGGAGACCUCAGUAGACAUAACCAACGGCACGUUGGUAUUUAACUGGACGGCACCCUUGACCAGAGACAUGUGUAUUUACACAUACAGCGGCAUUACAGUGGCCACUGUCAUCUUUACUUUCUUGCGAACGUAUAUGUUCGUCAGUGUUUGCAUGCGGGCGUCGAAAACUUUACAUGGCAACAUGUUCAGAUGCAUCACCAGGACAACAAUGCGUUUCUUCAAUACGAAUACAUCUGGACGCAUUUUGAACAGGUUCUCGAAAGAUAUGGGUGCCAUUGAUGAACUUCUACCGAUGAGUAUGUCUGACGUUGUGCAGAUUGGCCUUUCACUACUCGGUGUGAUUGUCCUGGUUACAAUGAUAAGACCUUUGCUCAUGAUACCGACCGUGAUUAUCCUAAUCCUGCUGUAUGUUAUGAGAGUUAUCUACAUCAGUACCAGCCGCAGUGUCAAACGAUUAGAAGGAAUAACUCGUUCUCCAGUAUUCGGACAUCUGAGUGCCACUUUGAAUGGAUUGACUACGAUUCGAGCUUUCGACGCCGAAGCCAAUCUCUCAAAAGAAUUCGAUAACCACCAAGACUUGCACUCUUCAGCCUGGUACAUCUUCAUUUCAUGUUCGCGAACGUUUGGAUAUUACCUGGACUUCACUUGCGUACUCUACACUGGCCUGGUGACAUUCAGCUUCCUUGUUCUGAGCCAAGAGACUUUCGGAGGAAACGUGGGUCUGGCAAUUACUCAGUGUAUCGGGCUGACUGGGAUGCUGCAGUGGGGCGUCCGGCAGACUGCGGAAAUGGAGAACCAUAUGACAUCCGUCGAGAGGGUUCUUGAGUACAGUACCCUUGAACAGGAACCGCCGCUUGAGAGCAAACCGGAACAUAAACCUCCAGAAGAAUGGCCAACCGAAGGAAGAAUACAGUUCUCUAAUAUGUUUUUGAGAUACGAUAGAGCCGAGCCCCCGGUUCUAAAGAACCUGAACUUUGUGAUCAUGCCAAGGGAGAAGAUUGGAAUCGUCGGACGAACCGGUGCCGGGAAAUCUUCGUUGAUAUCUGCAUUGUUCCGACUUGCAUACAUUGACGGUGAAAUAUUCAUUGACGACAUACCUUCCAGUAACUUGGGAGUGCAUGAUCUGCGGUCCAAGAUCAGCAUAAUUCCGCAAGAACCGGUUCUGUUCUCCGGACGGCUGCGUGAAAAUCUUGAUCCGUUUGAUGAGUAUUCCGACGAUAUGCUCUGGCAAGCGCUGGAGGAAGUAGAACUCAAGGAAGCUGUAAACGAAUUGUCGGGUGGUUUGAAUUCGAAAAUGUCCGAGGGGGGUACUAAUUUCAGUGUCGGGCAACGACAAUUGGUCUGUCUUGCUCGUGCCAUUGUUAGAAACAACCAAAUAUUGGUACUUGAUGAAGCUACAGCCAAUGUAGAUCCUCAGACUGAUGUGCUGAUUCAAAAAACUAUUCGAAAGAAGUUUGCUGGCUGUACCGUUCUCACUAUAGCCCACCGACUCAACACCGUUAUGGACAGCAGCAAAGUGCUUGUUAUGGAUGCCGGUACCAUGGUGGAGUUUGAUCAUCCUCAUUUAUUGCUUCAAAAUCGACAAGGAUACUUGUACGACAUGGUGCAGCAAACCGGACAUUCAAUGGCGGAAAAUCUUACAAAAAUAGCAGAAAAGAACUACACUAGCCAAACGUCGACUUGAAGGAAUACAUGAAGAAUACUAGGAUUUGUUGUGGAUUCACACAAUCAUUUUGGAUACUAGGAUUCUAAACUUGCCAAGAACGUAUGAGUAUGAAUCAUCCAUUACCAAGGCUGCACAUAAUACGUUAAUCAAAAUCUCUUUCACGAAGCCUUCCAUCUCCUAUUCUUAACAUGUCGUACAUUAUAUUUAAAAGUGAUUCAUGCGAAAAUCAAAUAUUUUUAUAUAGUCUUUUUUAAUGUGUCUUAAAAGAUAGUUGUUAUCUACCAUUCUCAAACUUUGUAUACUUUUCCAUUAAUUUUUAAGGACCUUAUAGGUGCAAAUACUGAUAUCGAAUCAGAGCGGACACAGUUGAUCUUAAUUUUAUAGGUACUUAUUACGCUGGCACGUUUUAUUCACCGCCAGAAAAAGUUUAUAAGCUUUAUAUAAGCAUACGACAUAUAAGCUCAAUAUAUGGGCUUCUACUAGGUUUCAAUUACUAGGUUUAAUAGAGUAAUAAUAUCAAUAUUGCAGUAUUCGUUUGUUGUGGCAAAUCGCAUAUAAAAACGAUCUCAGUAAUCAAUGUGCCUAAAACAAUCUAUAUAGGAAAAUUUUAUCACUAUUAUCAUUAUUAUUAGUAUUCAAUAUUAUUGCUAUGAUCAUAAUGAUUAAAAAACAAUUAUUAUACCUUAUUAGGAUAUUAAUUUUUUUUUUUUUAAGUUUUCUGUCAAAUAGCUGUAUGAAAAUAUCAUUUCAGUUUAAACUUUUCUUAAACUAUCGAUAUAAAAUGAUCAAGGAAAAACAGAAACUCCGACUGUACGCAUUAAGAGAUUGAUACAGGAAUAUAUUUUUCAUUUCUACCUUCCAAUUAAUUGGCAAUGUAAUUUAUCAAAGUUUCUAUAGGUAUAGGAUAGGCAGAAGAAUACACGUCACGAUUGCAUCGAUCCUACCAGAGGCUUGCAAAAUUAUGCAAGAUAUUAUGCCUAUCGUAGUAGUGUCACGCAUAGCGUGCGAGACUACGGAACAAGGAAACGUGAGCUCAAAUCCAAUGUGCGUCCAUGAGGAUGUGAACGGCCACUCGUAAAAAUUGUAAAACACAUCACGUCGUUUGAAUUUCGAAUCGGGAAGUAAGGUUUGUACUCGGUCCGGCUACACCAAGACCAGGUAGUUUUCCUUGUCACUUGUGCAAAUACGCGUGUUUGUGUUAAACAUCUUAAAGGCCGAAGCAUACCGAAUCCCGUAAGCCAUAAGCAGAAUACAGAAGCUGUAUCAAAGUGGCACUACGAACUCUGCAAUCUGGUUACGGCUUUUAAAAAUUCAAAUCACAAAAAAUUCAUCGGCAUAAACCGCUACGGAAAGUCAAAGAAAAUCGAGCCUUGAGAUAACAAUCUUGAAAUACCUAGUCAAUUCAUUGCACCCCUCCCCCAUUCCGCACAAGCUAUCCACUUAUAUAGAGCAUACCCGAAAGGCUAUGGCGAAACUGGUAGUGAUUAUUAUUAUUAUAAACGUUAAUUAAUCGCGGAUUAACGAAUCGCAAAGUUGAUUAAAAAGUCGCCCCGCCCCCACACACACGCAUACAAAAAAAUUAAACUAAAAAUAACCAUAACUAGUAUUCUCCAUGUUUAUGUUACGAAUCUACCUAAAUUAAGGUAAGUGUUCCAAUUGUUAGCAGCGUCCCAAUUAUUGAGCUUUUUUCGUUGCAUCUGUUUGAUGCUCAGUUUUGAAAUUAUCAAAAAAAUUAAUUUGCAGUGUCUGACUCUCUAGCAAUUGGUUUUAGUCCUCGAGAAAUUAACAAUUCAUAAUUUCGGAAAAUAAAAGGGUCAGUAAUCCGGUCUACAUAUGUCAAUAACUGGUACACUUACCUUACACAUUAUUCAAGAAUAUUCUCUAUAUUUAUCGAACAGUUUAGAAUGUUUCCAGAACUUUCAAGAGCAUUCGAAACUUUCCUGAAAUUGUUUAGAAUCAUUAAUCGACAACUGAGAGCUUAAAGACAAAUCGAAGGGUACUGAGACCAAUGGGAAAUAAAGAGCAACUAAACAAUAAUUUACAAUAAACUGAAGUACGUCUGAGGGAACUGCAACAAAAGAACCGAAGUAGAAGUGCACUCCGCGCUGGUUCUCUGGCAACUGAUUUUUACGCAUAAUUUGGAAAUAUGCUAGGCUGCACAUACGGCGAGUGGGAGGGAAAACCAGGUAUGUCCGAAAUAAACAAUAAAACAAUGGAAAGACCCUCGCGGUCUCCUAAAUGCGGGAAAAAACCCGCACCAGCAUUCUGGGGUACUCUUAGACGAUUGUAUUGUUGCUAAAAUGCGUAGUUAUUGUCUACGGCUACAUCCAAGGUACACUUGGGGACAAUGAAUCUGAGACGGAUAAUUUUUUAAACUAGACAGUUAUGUUGGCAACACAGAGAAACCUACAGCGCCAUAGUCGGCUGAGCGCGAAACUAACUCAGUCUCAAUAAACGUAACAUAACCCAUGACCGUCGAACUCAACCUUAUAAUACGUGUCAAUCUAACAAGUCAUUAUCUCCGCGGUAUUCUAAGAUUAGAUUCGAUGGUCAUGAAUUAUGUUACGUUUAUUGAGAAUCAGUUUGUUUCGCGCUCGGCCGACUGUGGCGCUGCAGGCUUCUCUGUGUUGCCAACAUAACUACCUAGUCCAAAAAAUUAUCAGCCUCGGACUUAUUGACCCCAAGUGUACAUCGUCCCGAAACGCGGUUAUUGUCUUACCGAAUAUGCUGCGAUUGCCCGUCCAAGAAAGCAGAGUCAGACUAUGAGCUGGACUGGGUUUUUCCUCCCUUCCAAAUGUGUGUAAAGUCUCGUUCGUCAGCCUAGUCAUUUCUUCGGAAAUUAUAUCAAACUGCGCAAUAAAUUGUAAAAACAGAAUAUUUGGGCAUGCAGGACCGAACAAAUUUUAAAUUAUAUUUUUAAAUAUUACGCUCGUAAUGGCAAUUUAUUUUGUCUUUACAUCUAUCUUGUA